CGCCCUGAGGGGACGGGGGCACCCCCGGCAUCGCCACCGGGACGGGAGCGGAGAGCGGCGCACGGGAGCGGCCGCCCCGCUCCGUGCGCGGGGAUAGGGGCGGCGAGGCGCCGGCAUCCCCCGGCCGGUGGUUUCCGGUCGCCCGCCCGCCGCGCUGCCACUUUGUUCCGUCCUGCUGGUGGCCGUGAGGUGCCUCGUCAAGCCGGUGCAGGGCUCUCCUGUCCCUGUUCGGCAUUCCCCUUCACGCUCCUUAAGAAUCAUGGACCCCAGCUUGCUGAGGGAGCGGGAGCUGUUCAAAAAGCGAGCCCUCUCCACGCCGGCCGUAGAGAAGCGCCCAGCGCUCUCCUCCGACUCCUCUGCUUCCAAGAAGAAGAAGGCCAAGGUAGAACAAGGGGGCUCCUCCAGCUCCAAGCAAACCACAGAUCACAGCAAUGGAUCAUUUAACUUGAAAGCCCUUUCAGGAGGCUCCGGCUACAAGUUUGGAGUCCUUGCUAAAAUAGUGAAUUAUAUGAAGACGCGGCACCAGCGUGGUGACACACAUCCAUUGACCCUGGAGGAGAUAUUGGAUGAAACACAGCAUUUGGAUAUUGGACUCAAGCAGAAGCAAUGGUUAAUGAGCGAGGCUCUAGUCAACAACCCGAAAAUAGAAGUUGUGGAUGGGAAGUAUGCCUUCAAACCCAAGUACAACUUGAAAGACAAAAAGGCUCUGCUCAGGCUCUUGGACAAACACGACCAGCGAGGGCUGGGAGGAAUCCUUCUGGAAGACAUUGAGGAAGGGCUGCCCAAUGCACAGAAAGCCAUAAAGGCUUUAGGGGACCAGAUCAUCUUUGUUAAUCGCCCUGAUAAGAAGAAAAUUCUUUUCUACAAUGACAAGAGCUGUCACUUUGCUGUGGAUGAAGAAUUCCAGAAGCUGUGGAGGAGCAUUCCUGUGGAUUCUAUGGAUGAGGAGAAGAUAGAAGAGUAUCUGAAACGACAGGGUAUUUCUUCCAUGCAAGAAACCGGACCAAAGAAAAUAGCUCCCAUUCAGAGGAGGAAGAAACCUGCUUCUCAGAAGAAACGCCGGUUUAAGACUCACAAUGACCACUUGGUUGGAGUAUUAAAGGAUUACUCUGAUGUGGUUCCUGGCAAGCAGUGAGCGGUUGAAUUCUGGAGCAAACGCGCGUUUCUAGACGGGCUUUCUGCUGCUGGGGCUCGGUGUCUGCUCACACAAGGACUGACUGUAUAUAAUAAUGUGAUGUGUUUCCCCCACCCCAGCAAGUGCCAGAGGUGAAACAGGUCAGUUUAAGAGCAAGUAUGAGCUACUAAAUUUAGAGGUUAAUUUAAUUAGCUAAUGGGAAACGUGUCUUUGAGUAAGAGGUUCUCACUAGUUGCCUGUUGGCAUAGGGUGAUAAAUGGUGCUCAGCAUGUAAUGCAGGAAUUCCUGCUCAGUGCUUAACUCUGCUUUUACAGUGCUUAAUGGGUAUUUACCUGGAAUUACUUACAAGGGGCUUUCUAGUGGGAUUGAAUACAGCAUUUGUUCUACCUGUUUCAGGAAAACCUUUUCCUAGAAUCACUGCAGGCAAAGUUUCUUUCACAGUCAAAUACACCCACGGUUUGUAUACUUCUUCCUUGCGGGACUGAGCUUUACUGAAAGGUGGUGAUAUCUGAGACUCAAACUCAGAAAACCCCCCCUCCUGAAAUCCCAGCAGGCUGUGGGAUGGGAUGCAGCCAGAGCUUCCUAAUGGUACUUAGGAAUUGCCCUCGGCGGUGUCUCCUCGCUGUUGUGGGUACAAGUUGCACCUUCUGCUCCUUGCACAGGAGGGAAAUAAAACGACAGUGUAAUACUGAAGUGGUUUUUUUUUCUUUUAAGUAAUAAAUUUACAAUGCAGGUUUCCA